CCGCAGUUUCAGCACCGCGGACAGCGAAGCUCCCGAUAGGCCCCGGCAGCCAGCGGCGGGCCAAUGGCUGCGGGUGAACACUGAGCACCAGCAGCAGCAUCAACAGCAGCAGCAGCAUCCCGGCAGCAGCCAAUCAGAGGCCGCCGCUUCCUCUCCCACAUCCAACCCGAAUAACUGCAGAUGUCCGCAUCCAAGCAACGAUUCUCUCUCUCUCUCUCUGGCAGCUUUACAGAGAGAAUAUCUGCCAUCUAUUUUUGGAUUUCAUCUAUUCCCCUCCACACACACACACACACGCGCGCGCGCUUUCCUCUUCUUCCCCGUUUUCAGCUUUUGUGUCAGUUUAGGGAUCAGAACCUGUUGUGUCUCCGUUCCGUCCGAGCUGUGAGCAACAGCCUCGACCGACCAAGGUGAUCUCUUCUUAAUGGAAGACAUCUUCUCUCGCGCUCCGAGGCGCAUUUUCGCAUCUAUCCCGGGCCCCUGUCCCCAUCGACGAAGGAGGGGCCCCCAGUGAGCGAGGCAAAGGGGGGGCCGACCAGAGAGACCACCGGCUGGGGGAGAGAGAGAAGCGCGUCAGGCUCUGUUUAUGUAGGCUACCAUCCGGGACGGAAGCCGUUUUGAGCCGCCGCUGGUGGAUGCCGAUGGUGUGCACAUUUUAUUAUUUUUUUUCCUCCUUCUUCUUCUUUCAAUCUGAGAGCGCCGAUCCGUCGAGAAGGAACACAUGGAUCCCAGAAGGAGAGAGGAUUAAUUAGAAGGUUGUAACUCCUCUGCAAGUGAGUCACUCUGGCCCCUUCAGAGCUCUUUGUCCUCACCAGUCAAAGAGCUUCUCCCUGUUGAGCCCGGUCCGUCUACGGAGUCUGAUCAGACAUCAUGGGAACUGUGCUGUCGCUUUCUCCAAGCUACCGCAAAGCUGCUCUCUUUGAGGACGGCCCGGCCACAGUGGGCCACUACACAGCUGUUCAGAACAGCAAGAAUGCCAAGGAGGCUGCGGCAGCUGCUAAGUCCCUCAAGCGCCCCUCCAUUAUUAGCGCUUUGCCAUGGAAACGGAUCGUUGCUGUAUCAGCAAAGAGGAAGGGUUCCAAGAAGCUGCAAUCAGAAGUCGGGGACGGCGGGAAAGGGAGCUCCCCGGACGGCCAUGCAGCCACUACGACCAACUCAGCCUCCAACAGCCUAAAGCUAAUAAAGUCUCAGUCCUGCGCUAACCUCACGUCAUACUCAUCCGGUCAGGACCCCUCGGCUGCCACCACCACUACCUCCUCCCACCUGCCCACCUCCAAGACCGUUGCAAACGUAGCUGCUGUAGUCGCCAAAAAGAAUUCCCUCACAGGACCUGGAAUCCCGCCUUCCACCGCCGCUGGAACGCCAAAACGGAUCAUUGUUCAGGCUUCCACCAGCGAACUGAUGCGUAGCCUCGGAGAGUUCCUCUGCCGCCGUUGUUACAGACUGAAGCGCUUGUCCCCCACAGACCCGGUGCUGUGGCUGCGCAGCGUGGACCGCUCCCUGCUCCUGCAGGGCUGGCAGGAUCAGGGCUUCAUCACUCCAGCCAACGUGGUCUUCCUCUACAUGCUGUGCCGCGACGUGGUCUCGUCCGAGGUGGCCUCGGAGCGGGAGCUCCAGGCCUCGCUUCUCACCUGCCUCUACCUUUCCUACUCCUACAUGGGCAAUGAGAUCUCGUAUCCGCUGAAGCCCUUCCUGGUCGAAGCAGAGAAGGAAGCCUUCUGGGAUCGCUGCCUGGAGAUCAUCAACCGGAUGAGUGGCAAGAUGCUUCAGAUCAACACCGACCCACACUUCUUCACCCAGGUGUUUGCCGACCUGAAGAAUGAGAGCAAGAAAGAGGAAGAGAAGACUAAGCUUCUCAUAGGCCUUGACCGAUAGAAGGGAUCUGGAAGGGGAGUAAGGAAAGGUGGAAGGAUAGAGAGGUCGCAGUUAGGGAAGGCAAAUGGGAAACAAGUUGUCUUAACUUAGAGAGAUACAGUCACCUGGCGUCUCUGUUAGUCCACGAUUUACCAAAUUUAUUGUUUGUAGCCCCGAGGACAAAACAUUUCAAAUCAUAAAUAGAAAUGAAAUCACCAGAGUCAAGUAAUGAAUCACUUAUACACAAACAGAUGGCCUGGGGGACAGAUUUACCACGUCAAAGUCAAUACAGUGUGAGACCCUGAGGAGGUUCCUACAUCCUUCAUACCAAUUAGUCCACUGGACUUGAUCAAAAUAUGACCUCUUAGCCUGAAUAACUAAAGUAACGUGGCUAGAAAAAAGAAACCUCAAGACAUUUUCACUAACUACAGAUAAGCACUUAACAUCAUUCAAACGGGGAAAAAUGUCUCUAUUGGGCCUCGCAAAAGUAUUCAUGAACCUUUACACAUGUUGUCAUGCUGCAUCAAAAAACUGACAUAUUUUAAUAAAUUAUUUUAUUGUACACAAUAAAAUAAUUCAUUUUUAUUGGGACAUACAUGGCUUACAACAAGACGAUAUGGCUGUCUCUAGAGUUGGACAAUAUCAAUACAAUAAGUAAUUGAGAUACUAUUUUGGGAAAUUGCAAUGAGAAUGUUGGCUACAACCGACCCAUGUUCUUAGACUCUUUGAUCGUCUUUCAUCACAAUGUUUCCACCAAUCGUUUUGUGGUAGAGCAUUUAGGCCAACAAGAAUGUCCAUCCACUGUGGGAGCAGAGAACAGAAAGGUUUCUGGCCUUCAAAAAUUGCAUACAUGGCACUUAAAAUAUAAGAUUCCUCCAAUUAGUGCAUCAAAGCAUUCUUAUCAUAUUAAUUGUGACAUGGCACGCAGAAUUAUUUUGAAAUGUUGAUACGUUGUUGAGUUCUAGUUAUGUGACAAAAUGUUGAAAAGUACUGGAAUACUUUUGCAAGGCACUGUAUAAUAUCUCUUAUUUAGAAAGCAGAGUUCUUUUCAUGAUAUUAACAGGAAGUAUUUCAGAGAUAUUUUUGAUAUCAGUCUUUAGCCUCAGGCACCGCAUCAGUCUGACCUGGAACUUUUUCAGGGGACACCGUCUGAAAUCUUCCAAACUGGUUCAGAGACGCCAGACAUGGACCCACAUUCACUUACAGCACCAAUCAAUAGUACACAUUUUGAGUCAAUGGCUUGACUUCUGACAAAUAUGAUGUGUUUUACACGCAUUGGCACGAAAUCACUCCAUGAAACCCAAACACACAACCAACAACUGGCCUCUUGCCCAAGCUCCUUAGCUAACACCAUGAUGUGGGAGAGUGGAAGUCGAGCAGUAAUAUUUCUCCCCGGUGAAAUUCUCGGUGUAAUUAAAUAUUCCAUCAACAAUAUAUCUAUAGUACUGUAUUUUAAAGGAGCAUUCAUGUUUUUAUUCAGGAAAACUCCACGAGCCAACUACUUAUAUAGAAGGUUAAGUGAAAUCUUAGUCCUUCUUGCACAGAUCAUUGAUCAUUAAGCAAACCUACCCGCCCUUAAGAUGUUUACAUUUAUGAAAACAUGACAAAGUGCAAUACUCAACCCUCCAGGGCACAUAUUUACAUGGGGAACAGAUUUAGUUGUUUUAAUCGCUGCAUGUCGGUGCUGAAUACUGAAAACAUUAGUAGGGAAGGAAAAAAGGAAAGAAGCAAGGAUGGAAGGAAGGAAAGAGAGAAAGAAAAAUAUUGCAUUCUUGAUGACUUCUUGUGUCAUGAGGGACGUCCUUAAGCAUAAAUACUGAAACAUCUGAAGAAAACCUAAUCAUAUCAGAGAGUACAUAGAUGUAUUUCCUCUUCCAAGGCAGUUCUAUGACUUCACCGUUUGGUUCUAUAGACCCGGGCUGCCGGUACCAUCCUCUGUCUCCACUGCUCAGUGCUUUCAACAGCAACACGGACAAAACUUCUUUCCCUUCACCUACCUUGCGCCGAGCCAGUCAAUCUAAUCCAAACCAGAGACUAGACACACUUUUAGGUCAGGUGACCCGGUUGGCUUUAUGUACUGACCAAGCUGUUUGACAUGCAUGUAGGUUCUGUAGGUUCCCUAGCAUGCUGCUUUGUGUUGGAUACGCCGCACCUCAACAAUGCAAAAGAAACUGAGGGGUGGUCAUGCUGAACUACUGAAAGUAAGACACCAUGUUGUGGCAUCAAUUUGACAUCGCUCUCAUGGGGGAGACUGAGUGUCUUAUUUAUUCAUGAAAGAGCAGGGAGCAGCCCUUCAUUUUAAACUUCUAUUAUGUGGUAACAGCACCGGCGGGCAAAAACGAGCCCACAUGAUUUCCAGUAACUGAAGUUCGCCGUAGAAUAGACAGGCCUCGUCUACACCUCUCCAGAUAUUUUUUGAAACAGAUUUUUUUUCUUCUUCAGUUUGGAAAAAGUCUGCUUCUGCAUUGGCACGGUGCCGUAGGAUUCCAUAUCAUAAUGCUGUAAUGCCUAUUUUGUUCCAGCAGGUGGCGAUAAUGACGAUAAUAAUGAUAUCAAAAUUCCAAAGCAGGAGAUCCUCUUAACUCUUAUACCCUCGUAACGCCUUGUUCAUGGCUUCCUUUCUGUAUACGCAAAUGGCAUCUCAGAACUGAAAUGCCCUUACAUGAGCACCAACUUGUCAACUCAUUUUGGGCCUAUAACUGAUCAAUUAGCAGGAUAACUGCCACUUAAUCAGUUAUUAAUCAGUAUUACUUCAAAGUGAUGUUCAUGACAUCAGAAUGCUCAGUAGGCAUCUACGACAAAAAAUCUGGGCCUCAACACCACUCUAAUGUCCCCACAUUCCAAAACCCUUUCUAGUUCAUUCAUGCGAAGUAUAGAAUAUGGAAAAGUCUUUCCAUAUUCUAUACUGGUACAGAAAUGUGUUUGAAAUAAAAAGAAAUUUUACUUAAGGCCUGGUCAAUGCUAAAUGUGUUUUAGGGUUAAGGUUAAGUUUAGGUUUUAAGGAAUGAUGGGAUUGCGAAUGGUGGGUCCUAAGGCUGUGCUUCCACGAGACCACUGCCUGGACAGUGAUUGGGGAAAAGUUCUACAUUUAGACGAGACCGCCCAGACACCUUAAUCUAGCCAGGGCGCUAGAUGGCAAAGCAUGUUAACAUGUUGACCUUUAGCUUCCAACUCACUAGCUUCCAGCUCAAUUAGAAAACAGUAACCCGUCUCUGAUGAAUCAAGUAACAUACAAAUUCCGAAGUUGUGUUAAACCGAUCAGGUUAAGUAGCACGCACAGUACAAUGCUGUUUGCCACUGUUUAUGUUAUUAUCUGAUUACAGUAGUGUGUUCUGCACAUGUGUUCUUUCACACCUGUGGAAUACUCCACACCUCUGUGGCGGUGGCUUCAGAAAGGUUUCACUCUGAUCCCUGGCUUCAAAAAGUGCCAGUGUCAGAAAGUCUGACCACUGGAGACGUGUAAAGGAGCGGCUGGAUUUCAACAAGAAUGUUACGGUUUAGGUGAAAAUAUCGGCUCCGAUGUUUCAGACUGAAAGCCUCUCUGAUGCUUUUCCAUCAAUAAAAGAUUCAAAAUAUUCUUCCAAAACUAUCCUAACUCAGUGUGGACAUGCACAAGACGGGAUGAUACAUCGUCAUUUUUAAUAUUUUCCGUGUUAUCAGAUCAUAUGGAUGCACCACAAACAUUCUAAAGUUCACGGUUUUUAAAACUCGUCUUUGGAAAGUUUUUUUUUUUAACUGAGCUGAAAAUAUUUGGUUUGCAAAAUAUCUGGUUUGUAUGGACAAGCUGUUGUUCAUAAACUUCUAACUUGCUACAGAAUUUUCAUCUAAUUUGUGAGACACAUGAAAGGGUACAACUCGUCAAGGUAAAGUAACAGUAGUAGAGACACAGAGGAUGAGGGUUUGACAUUAUCAUCCCAGAGGCUUUACCUUGAUAACUUUAUGUCAUAAAGUCAAACUGUAGCGAAUAAACUGUCUUCAGUUGUUAAAAUCCUCUGCUUUCUCAUAAAGGUCAGAGAUAUUGUGCCAUAUCAUUAUGAAGACUCAUUAUUUCAUAUAAAACAAAAAAUAAAAAAAACACAAAAGAAGAAAAAUGAGCCAACUCAGAAUAUCUGAGUCCAGAACAAGAGAGACUGUAAAAAAAUAAAAAAAAGUUUUAUACAUUCUGUAUCAGAGAUGUAGAGCAGAGGAGAAGGACUUUCUUUGGUGGAUUGCAAAAACAUGGAAGCUUGUGAUUUUGUUACACAAUGAAAUUGUACGAUUACCUUUGUUAAAUGUAUGCCAACUUUGGAAUCACGUGACUAGAGCAUUCAACGCAUCUAUGUGGAUUUUAUGAUCUCUGAAGAAUAAUAACAGGCUAUUUGAUGUUUCAGAGUACUGAACAAAAUCAGAAUGCCAUUCGCAGGCGGUUUUGAAAACAAACGGAAACGGCUUUUUAAACAUGAUAAAUGACUAUGAAUGAUUUGCAAAUUCCAGACGAGAUGUGUCCAUGAUGCAGAUAUUUGUCAAACUCUAGUUGCAGUUUGGAAGUAUAUGGUACUUAGCUGGGCUGCAGCAGCAAAAAUGAUGAAAAUCAUGUAGCCCUGUUACCACAGCAGACCUCACAAGUCAAAUAUGCAGACAGAGGAUGAAAUUAGGCCAAAAGAGCUUAUUUAUGUGUCACUCUACCUAGAAGUUUCUGAUGGCUUAAUCAGACCAGUAGCAUCUCUUUUAAAGGCAUUUCCAACUUGACUUUCCACAUAUUGUUUUCUCUUUAGCAGUCCAAACUCCAGGAGGUAAUGCAUCUGUUGCUGCAGGGUAAUGGAGGGUAAAGGUUGUGUUCAAAAGGUAGAGAUGCUAAUUUUCACAAGGCCAUCCAAUGAAGCCACAGAAGUCAAGGUGAAAACAAAUACCUUGUUUUUCUAGAUUUCUAUGAUUUUGGCAGGUCCAUCAUUUCAAAGAGCGAUAAUGAAUGUGCUGUUAUUUGAUUUUGAUUCUUGGAAAAAAAUGGCUAAAAUCUUAAAGGUUUGUCAAAACUGUACAAGCUUUCUGUUUUCCUGCAGUGAUUUUGCAAUAGCUAUAUCUUAUCACCUUCAAUUCACCGGUAAGCUAACUUUUCAUUGGUGCCAGGUAAUUUAUUUCUAAUUGACCUAAUGUAGGCCUAUUUUACAGGCAACAAGGUAAAACUGUGCCGGAAGACUUUAGCUAUACCAAAUUGGUCUUUGGCAAAAAGUCAAUAUCUUAACAAUAUUGUUCUUGGAAUGUAGUGUUGGUGAAUCUUGGCACACUAAUUGUCAUAUGAUAACACAUGAAUUUGCUAACUGCUUUACAUUUAAUAUGUGACAGAAUUUAAAUGUAAAAUUAUGCUAGUAGCUUUGCUAAAGUAUGAACCUCUUCAAAGAGAGCUAGGUUUUUUCAGUAAUUUACACCUAAACGCUCUAAUGUUCGGCACCAACACACAGAGUAUGUUCAACAAACAGUUGAGACACUCAUUUGUCAGGCAUUUGAAUUAAAUGCUAAAUGCUAGCAUGACUGUAGCUUAGCUAGCCUACCUGUCUGUAUACUACAAAUUCAUGAAAUCCCAUUGAUAUAUCUUCAGUUUGAGAAACCCAAAGCUUAAUGAACAUUUUGUGCCAAAUUCCAGCUGCCAACCUGUGACUGAACAAUCACUCUAGAAAGAUAUUUUUUUUGCUAGAAGCUAAAUAGUUCAUGUUGACAUCUGAAGUUUCCACAGGGCCUGUCACAUAGAAUAAAUAAGCACCCAGCCGUACGGGGCAGUCAGUUUACACUCAGAAGUCAUAACUAAUAUGUCGUAUGUUGGGAAAAUCAAUACUAACAGGUUACCAAUAGCUGCCACAUGUUCAAAAUAUGGUGACAAUUCUAAUAAGAACAUAUUUAUUUCCACUUCUGAUGGUUUGUAUGUCAUGAAAUCAAUCACUAAUCAUGAUACUCAUAUUGAACAUUUUUACAGUGUUUUCACCAAUAAGAUGUAUUGUGGACUUGUAUAAGUUAGCCUGUUCACACAGUGGAACAGUUCUUAAUUUCCACUGGUUUUGCAUCUGUCAGAUGGAAUAUAUAGUUAAAUUCAGGGUGACAUCAAUUCCAGAUUAAGCUUUGACUUCAGAGAUAAAUGGACCAUAGCAGCAUAUUCAAAAUAUUAGAGCAACUAUGUAAAUGACAGGCGAUGAUUUUUGUCAGACAAGAGUGUUGAUGUGUUUUCCCUGAAAACAAAACGAUUCGUGAACAUUUAUCCACAUUUUUGCACCAAGCUGCUCCCAUCUGUUAGGGGACAGUAACCUGACAAGCUUAAGGCGCCAGAAUGAUCAAAUAAAUGAAAGCUUUUGUGAGAGAAAAGUGUGACUCGGCAAUUCCCGCCCAAAUCGUCAUCGACGAUCCACUUGUUGCAAUGUGCCAUAUUUUAUCUUGUGUCAUGUACAAGACAAAAACUAUUGUGGAAGCUUCUGAUAUGAUGAAGUUGGUACACUUUUACUCCCUUUUCAUUUGUGACUCAUAUGUAAAGAAGAAUCUUUGUUGAACAAAAGUCAAGGCUACUAGUGUUACUAGAGUGUUAAUGCUGCAAUAUGUUACUAUAUGGAUGUAUGAAUAUGUAUGUGAGAAAUAAGAAUUAUUUGAUCAACUGUUACAAUGACUUUAUAUAAAAAUAUUUCCAAGCA